AUGUCCGACUUUGAGCCGGUCACACCCGGGCCGGCCUUUCAGGCGGAGUGGGCCAAGUGGCAGAAGCAGCUACGUGAAUGGCGCCAAGCUUACGAUGAGUGGCGCCAAGUGCUCCAGCAGCUCCAGGAGUGGGAUGAGAAGGAGAGCAAAGGCAUACAGCUCCCCUCCAUUGAUCCCAACUUCGAUGUUUUCGGCGUGGAGAACAUCCUGGAUAUCGGAGAGGGCGAGCCUCUCUUCGGGAAUUUCGAAUACGAGGACUGGCUUCUCCUCAGCACCAGGGUGGAGCUGCACUUGCUGGUACACCACUUCCGCGAUGACACUGGCGGUGCAGUCUUGGACGAGUCCAACCUGGCCCAUUACUACAAAUGCUACUUCAAAAAGAACUUCAAGCCUGAAGACUUUGCAGUCCGGGCCUUGGGCACCACCGGCAGCAUCUUCCAAGGCAGGUUUUUCGAAGCUGCAGCACUCCGGGACGGCUUCAAAGACAGCUUCCAGAACGUAGAUACCGGAGCGCCUUUCUGUGCCCUUCUGAGCCAUGGGCUGUCAGGGCAGCAAGCCUUCAGCACAAGCACCGAACCUCAGCGAGUUCCGAUCAGCUGA